AAACGGGAGAGUUUUUUCGGUCGACACCGUUUGAAAAACGUGAACAGUUUGUGUUGAGGGAAAUUAAAAUCCUUCAGCAAAAUCAUAUCAACAAGUAUAGAAGAUUGUUCAUCGUAGUGGGAUGAAAUACUCGUUUCCUUGACAUAACAUGACAGGCGUAAAAUGUUCCCUGCAUGGCUGUUGUAUUGAGGCCUACCUUGGUGACAUCACUAAAGUGAAAUGUGAUGCUAUUGUAUGUGCAAGUGAUAGUAGAGUUGCAUUAAAUGCAGGUCUUUUGGGUGAAAUAAAAAAAGCAGGCGGUUCACCGAUAUUAGAAGAAAUUGACCGUAAACUGAAAAGGCUUCCUGGCAAAAAUAUCAAACCAGGGCGGGUUCUGGUGACAGGUGCUGGUAAAAUGCGUUGCGAAUUUGUCAUGUAUAUCAAUGGGCCUGCAAUAUCAAGUGGAGACGAGACUAUUGAAUCUGCAAUAAUGACAUGUUUGAAAGAAGCUGAAGCCAUGAAGUUAGAAUCCAUUGCCUUUCCUGCCCUUGGUUCUGGGCUGUUGGGAAUCCCUUAUGAUACAUGUGUUCAACAGUAUGUUAAUGCCAUAAUAAACUGGCCCACUUCUCUACCAAAAACCAUUCAUUUUGUUCUCUUCGAUGACGAUAUGUUCAAUAAAAUAAAAGAUUCUUUCAAAGCUAAUUUCAGCAAGUGGCACCCAUCGACUGCGGAUUCAACAUCAAAUGCAAAUACUGAAGAGAAAAGCCGAAAAAAGAAGUCCAGUGGGAAAUCAAGUCACAGAAACCAGCCUGAGAAACAUGGAAGAGGUGCGUCAUAUAUGAACGAUACAUCAGACGUGGACAGUGCAUCAGAUGUAGAGGGCACAUCAGAUGUGGAAGAUGCUUCAGAAGCGAAAGGUGCAUCUGGAGGACAGAAUGGAGAUUGUCCGAUCUGCCUGUGCCCAAUUACUGAUGCUAAAACUUUGUCCCUUUGCGGACAUGUAUUCUGUCAGCAGUGCAUUGACCAUAGUUUCUCUGCGAUUGGUCAAUAUUGUCCGAUAUGUCUAAAAGUCUACGGAGUGAUUACAGGCAAUCAGCCAUCUUCUUCGAUGACGGUUCAAGACUCAUUUAGUCAUUUACCUGGUUUUGAAAAUUCUCAUUCAUACCAGAUAUCAUACCACAUUCCCGGCGGAGUACAAGGUAAAAACCACCCAAAUCCUGGUAAAAGUUACUAUGGAACAGAUCGAACAGCUUACCUUCCAAAAACUGAACAAGGUACCACAGUUUUAAAAAUGCUUCAGUUAGCCUUCAGUAGACGGCUGAUAUUUACAGUGGGAAAAUCUCGAACCACGAACAUGGAAAAUAUGGUUACAUGGAAUGACAUUCAUCACAAAACUAGCCGUAUUGGAGGUCCCAGUGGAUUUGGUUACCCAGAUGAUGAUUAUUUGAACAGAGUGACCAGUGAGUUAAGCGCUAAAGGUAUCACCCCAGAAGAUGUUGCAGACAAGAGAGUAAAAUCAAAGAUCAACAUCACUUAAGGAGGAUGCAUAAGAGCAUUAUAUUGCAAAAAGUUGAAUUUUAUUAUUUUAUUUUGAAAACAAAAUUCUAUCUGUUGAUUUUUAUGACUACUUUCUGCAUUUGAAAUAAAAGAUUUUUUUCUUGUU